UCAUUGACUUUGCUCACUUCGGGACGGGGCGCUGGAAGGUGCGGGUCCUCUCGGAAAGGAGAGAGUGGCUAGGAAGACUCAGGGCCAGAAGGGCAGGACCACCCGCCAGCCACAGCCCGGACUGUCCUCCCCCCGUGACACAAGCCACCCUCCAGUCCGCCAUCCCAACGCGGUCACCGCCGGCCGGCCCGCCCGCCCGCCCUCUGUCCCCCGCCGCUGAUCCCGACCUGCAAAAAGCUGAAUUAUUUGAGAGCCAUAGCCCAUAACCUCCACCAACUCGCCCACAGACCUCAAAGAAGAAAAGGACACAUUGGCCCCGGCCGGGCGGCGCCCAGGAAAAGAAGGGCGAGCGAUCUCUGUCCCGCGCCCCGGACCACCCUGGAGGGAGAAGCCGCCCCGUGGUCCGCAGCCCGCCCCGCCGCCGCCGCAGAGACCCGAGUGAAGCCACCUGGAGCCCGAGGCUGCCUGCCCUCCGGCUUCCGCCUUUGGCCCGUGCACGUGCCCUGCAGUGAUUGUCUGCCCAGGAAAGGACCAUGCAGCUGGAGAUCAAAGUGGCCCUGAACUUCAUCAUCUCCUACUUAUACAACAAGCUGCCCCGGCGGCGGGCAGACCUGUUUGGGGAGGAGCUAGAGCGGCUCUUGAAAAAGAAAUAUGAAGGCCACUGGUACCCUGACAAGCCACUGAAGGGCUCCGGCUUCCGCUGUGUCCACAUCGGGGAGAUAGUGGACCCCGUGGUGGAGCUGGCCGCCAGGCGGAGCGGCCUGGCACUGGAGGAUGUGCGGGCCAACGUGCCCGAGGAGCUGAGCGUCUGGAUCGACCCUUUCGAGGUGUCCUACCAGAUUGGUGAGAAGGGGGCUGUGAAAGUGCUGUACCUGGAUGACAGCGAGGGCUGUGUUGCCCCAGAGCUGGACAAGGAGAUCAAGAGCAGCUUCAACCCCGACGCCCAGGUAUUUGUGCCCAUCGGCAGCCAGGACAGCUCCCUGUCCAACUCCCCGUCCCCAUCCUUCGGCCAGUCCCCCAGCCCCACCUUUAUCCCGCGCUCCACCCAGCCCAUCACCUUCACCACCGCCUCCUUCGCUGCCACCAAGUUUGGCUCCACCAAGAUGAAGAAGGGCGGCGGGGCUGCAGGUGGUGGGGGUGUGGCCAGCGGCGGGGCAGGCGGCCAGCAGCCCCCACAGCAGCAGCCUCACAUGGCCCGCUCUCCCACCAACAACCUGCUGAAGCACAAGAGCCUCUCUUUGUCUAUGCAUUCGCUGAACUUCAUCACACCCAACCCGGCCCCGCAGUCCCAGCUCUCGCCCAAUGCCAAGGAGUUCGUGUACAAUGGCGGCGGCUCCCCCAGCCUCUUCUUUGACGGGGCCGACGGCCAGGGCAGUGGCACCCCGGCCCCCUUUGGCGGCAGUGGGGCCAGCACCUGCAACGGCAGCAGCUUCGACAUGGCCCAGGUGUUUGGAGGUGGCGCCAACAGCAUCUUCCUGGAGAAGACACCCUUCGUGGAAGGCCUCAGCUACAACCUGAACACCAUGCAGUAUCCCAGCCAGCCGUUCCAGCCCGUCGUGCUAGCCAACUGACCGCCCACCUGUCCACGGGGCCAGGAGAACGCAAGACCACAGAAAAGAGAAAGGAAAGGAAAGGCCAAAAAAAGAGGAAAAGAAAAAUAUACAAAAAGAUGUCCAAUCUUCUCACUCUCACUUCUAGAAAAAUGCGGCCGAGGCGUGGAGUGGGAGGGGCUCCUGAAGCACCCGAACCGUGUUUAACUCAACCUCCCUGCCGUUGUCCCGCCUUCCUCUGAUUGGUUUGGUUGGUUUGGGUUUUUAUAUUUUUUCUUUUUUUCUUUUUUUUUUUUACAUGUAGUUUUCUAUAUAACAUCUUUGAUUAGUGGCUUCCUGUGCUAUAAGGAUGGUCCAGAUGUGAAUUGCUGCUCCCUCUCGCCCGCCUGCCCGCCCACCCUCCCUCCCUCCUUCACACACCUGGUCUAGGAUUGGUGUGUCCAAGCUCACGGGGAAGGGAGAGCCGCAGCCGGGGCCGGGCCCUCCUUGGAGCGGGGAGAGGCUGUCCCUCGUCACUGCAUCGGCCACUCAGCUGUCCUCUCACUCAAAGCCAUCCAACCUCAGCAGGCCUUCUCGUGUCCUGCCACCCAAAUAGGCCUGACACCGGCCCCCACUCCCUCUCAGGCAUGGGUCACAGGGAGGUUAGUCCUCUGUCUGUUGGAAUUCCUUUCAUCUCUGCCCUGUGCCCCCCACCCCGCGCCACCACCCCAACCUGGAGUACCAGACUGUCACUGUGGCCCUGGAGACCCCGCUGUUGCCGCGUGUGGCAUCUCACGCAGCCCCUUCUUCCCUGGGCCUGGGGUGGGGGGUAGGGAGGUGGGGC